GGAGGGAAAGGAACAAGGAGAGUGAGAGAAGAAACCCUUCAGGACUUUGGCCUGUCUCACGUGCAGGAGGCGGCACUUUCACCCUGAGUUUAGAGAACACUGGAUCUCACAACAAAGAGUUGUGAAACAAAGAUUUAGAUUUAACAGCUAGUGCCAUCCAGGUUGUCGACACUGGACACCCCGUCGUACUUUCUUCCAGACAACUGAAGAGCCAAGAUGCCCACCAACUUCACUGUAGUGCCAGUGGAGGAUGAAGAGGGCGGCAGCAACAGCGCGGCUGCAGCUGGAAGCAGCAAACCUGUUAGUUUGGGCAACAUUUUUGGGGAGGAAGAUGAUGAGGACAACUUACAAGACCCUCACUCAGGAGAUGACUGUCAGAGAGAGUCGAGUCAAUUCCUUAACUCAGACGAUGACGGAGAACACUAUUAUGAAGGCAAGAACAUGGCCCUGUUUGAGGAGGAAAUGGAAAGUCACCCUAUGGUAUCAUCUCUUCUCAACAAGCUGGCCAACUACACCAACCUGACCCAGGGUGUUCGUGAGCAUGAGGAGGCUGAGGAUGGGGUCAGGAGGAGCCUAAAAUGUCCCCAAAUGGGAACCUUCAUUGGAGUUUACCUUCCCUGCAUGCAGAACAUCCUGGGCGUGAUUCUCUUUCUGCGUCUCACCUGGAUCGUCGGCACAGCAGGAAUCCUGGGAUCCUUCGCCAUCGUCUCCAUUUGCUGCAUCUGUACCUUGCUCACAGCCAUAUCAAUGAGUGCCAUAGCAACCAAUGGAGUUGUCCCAGCCGGUGGCUCAUACUACAUGAUCUCCAGGUCACUGGGUCCAGAGGUUGGAGGAGCAGUGGGUCUCUGUUUCUAUCUCGGAACCACCUUUGCUGGAUCCAUGUACAUACUGGGCACCAUAGAGAUUCUGCUGACGUACAUUGUUCCAACAGCAACAGUGUUUAAAGAAAGUGAAAAUGCAGCAAUGCUCAACAAUAUGCGUGUCUAUGGCACAUGCUGCCUGCUAUUGAUGGCUCUGGUAGUGUUUGUAGGGGUAAAGUAUGUGAACAAACUGGCUCUGGUGUUUCUGGCCUGUGUGUUUCUCUCGAUCUUGGCCACUUAUGCAGGAGUCAUCAAGACGAUCAUCGAGCAACCAGACUAUAACGUCUGUCUGUUGGGAAACCGAUCUCUGAAGAAUGAAAUGUUUGAAACAUGUGCAAAGACAACGGUUGUGAAAAACAAAACCGAGUUCACAGACCUAUGGAGCUUCUUUUGCGACAACAACGCAACCUGUGAUGAAUACUUCAACUUAAACAACCUGACAGAGAUACGGGCCAUACCCGGGCUUCUGAGCGGAGUUAUCAAAGACAACCUGUGGGGCGACUAUGGUCCAGCUGGUAUGUUCAUAGAGAAGAAAGACCAGCCUUCAGUAGAAGCCCAGGGCACAUCCAAUGACAUGAAUAAGCCCUACGUCUUCAAUGACAUCGCCACAUACUUCACUCUGCUGGUGGGAAUAUACUUCCCCUCUGUCACAGGUAUAAUGGCUGGUUCUAAUAGGUCUGGUGAUCUCAGGGAUGCCCAGAGGUCCAUCCCAAUAGGAACCAUAAUGGCUAUUGUCACCACGUCUUUCAUCUACAUCUCCUGUGUGGUCUUGUUUGGAGCCUGUAUUGAAGGAGUGGUACUGAGAGACAAGUUUGGUUACUCAGUACAGAAGAAUCCGGUAAUUGGUAUUCUGGCCUGGCCGUCACCCUGGGUGAUUGUGAUUGGCUCGUUUUUCUCCUGCUGUGGGGCGGGGCUGCAGAGCCUCACUGGCGCCCCCCGGCUGUUGCAGGCCAUCGCUCGGGAUGGCGUAAUCCCGUUCCUACAGGUCUUUGGUCAUGGGAAGGCUAAUGGUGAGCCCACCUGGGCUCUGCUGCUGACAGUCGGGAUCUGUGAGAUAGGAAUCCUAAUCGCUUCUCUGGAUGCCGUGGCCCCCAUCCUCUCCAUGUUUUUCCUCAUGUGCUAUCUGUUUGUUAACCUGGCCUGUGCUGUUCAGACUUUGCUCCGUACCCCCAACUGGAGACCUCGCUUCAAGUUCUAUCACUGGACCCUCUCCUUCUUAGGGAUGAGUCUGUGUCUCUCUCUCAUGUUCAUCUGCUCCUGGUACUACGCCCUGUUCGCCAUUGUGAUAGCGGGCUGUAUCUACAAGUACAUUGAGUACAGAGGGGCAGUGAAAGAAUGGGGUGAUGGGAUCAGAGGUCUGUCCUUGAAUGCAGCACGCUAUGCUCUCAUCCGUCUGGAGGAAGCACCACUACACACCAAAAACUGGAGGCCUCAACUGUUGGUGUUGUGUAAGUUGGACUCCGACCUGAAGGUGAAACACCCUCGUCUCUUGUCUUUUACCACGCAGCUCAAAGCAGGAAGAGGACUGACCAUCGUCUGCUCAGUCCUGGAGGGAACCUACAUGACCCGGGGAAAUGAUGUCAAGACUGGAGAGCAGAACUUAAAAGCAGCGAUGGCUGCUGAGAAGAUGAAGGGUUUCUCCCAUGUGGUGGCAUCGUCCAACCUGCGAGACGGUUUCUCGCUGCUCAUCCAGUCAGCAGGACUGGGGGGAAUGAAACACAACGCUGUCCUGAUGGCCUGGCCAGCAGGCUGGGGACAAGCCCGGGACUCCUCCGCAAGGAGGAACUUUAUAGAAACCGUAAGGGAGACGACGGCAGCUCAACAGGCUCUGCUGGUUGCUAAGAACAUUGACCAUUUCCCUGGUAACCAGGAGCGUCUGAAGGAGGGGACCAUUGAUGUGUGGUGGAUCGUGCAUGAUGGUGGACUGCUCAUGCUGCUGCCAUUUUUACUUAGUCAACACAAGGUAUGGAGGAAGUGUCAAAUGCGAAUCUUCACGGUGGCCCACAUGGACGACAACUCCAUCCAGAUGAAGAAAGACCUCCAGAUGUUUCUCUACCAGCUACGCCUGGAUGCGGUGGUGGAGGUUGUGGAGAUGCAUGAAAGUGACAUCUCAGCCUUCACCUAUGAGAAGACGCUGGUGAUGGAGCAGAGGUCUCAAAUGCUUAAACAGAUGCAGCUGUCCCGCACUGAGAGGGAGCGAGAGAUUCAGAGCAUCACAGAUGUAUCCCGCAGCUCCAUAAAGAGGAAAAAUCCGCCAGGUGACCCCUCCUCCAACACCCUGUGCGUACCAGAGGAUAAGGCCCAGUUGAUCCACGACCGGAACACGGCGUCUCAUUCUAAAAUGAAUGACAAAGCUGCAGGUGCCACACCAGAUCGUGUCCACAUGACCUGGACCAAAGACAAACUGGUCAAUGAGAGGAACAGACAAAGAGAAGGCAUGGGAGUUAAAGACAUGUUUAAUAUGAGACCGGAGUGGGAGAAUCUUAGCCAAUCCAACGUGCGGAGGAUGCACACAGCUGUGAAGCUGAAUGAGGUGGUGCUCAAGAAAUCCCGUGAUUCACAGCUGGUCUUGCUCAACAUGCCGGGACCGCCGAAGAACAAGAAAGGGGAUGACAACUAUAUGGAGUUCCUGGAGGUCCUGAUGGAUGGCCUAGACCGUGUGCUGUUGGUUCGUGGAGGUGGUCGGGAGGUCAUUACCAUCUACUCCUAGCACCAAAAGGUUCCUAAUUGUUUGGAAGGGAACAUUGUUGGACAGUAGGACCCCAGAGGGGAGGGAUUUGACAAUGAGACAUGGACAAAGAUGACGGACAGAAAAAAAGGAAGACCAAGAUUGCUGCAAAGUGAAGGGGAGUCUACCUGCAGCACAGCCUGGGCUCAGUGCAUCACUUCUGGGCAAAGAGGGCUCCCUACACACCCUCCUCCUGGGGCUCCUUAACUUUGCCACAUACUGUAUAUACACUGUGGAGAGAAUAGAGCGAUGUGGAGAUGUUCUUUUCCCAGAUGAACUGUUUUCUGAAAGAGCUUCCAUUUAAACUUAACAUGUUAUUCUGCUUCACCAGGCAUUUGUUGGAGGAAAGAACAGGAAACUACAGCUUAUUGUCAUUUUUAGCAUUUCGCUGAUUGUGGUAGCUGGCAACUGUCUCAUUGUCAUUAUCACAGUUAGUGAGGUUAAAGCCAAAGUCCCACUGAUUUAGUAUACUGUAAGUAACGGUUUCAGGGCAAAUGUGGCAGUAUUGAUUGUAUUCUAUAGAUUGUCUUGAACAUUGCUUAUUAACUGUUUUUGUUUGUCACAGAUCCCAUUAGUGAUCAAAAAGGAACAUAUGGUGAAAAUGCAACAGAGGAAAUGCAACUUCUGUGAUUUUAGAAUUUUAGUACAUUUUAGUUGAGUUAGUGUAUUUGUUUUAAAGUCGUAUUUAUUUGAUUCGACUUGUUUGUAUAGGAGCAAAGGAUGCUAGUAUGCAACAAUGAGGAAAAUGAACAUGAAGCCUAUAAAACAGUAUUUUCAAUUAAUAAGACUGCUUUUUAAGUAAAAUGUGUCAUGUGUUAGUUUGACAAAAAAGUCACGUGUUCAACGAAAAAGAGUGAUUGUGGCCACUGAUAGCACCAUGAAUUGCGCAUCACUUGCAACUAUUUUCCCCGUCUCAAGGUCCGAUUCACAAAAGCUAUUGCGAUAAUGAUGGUACAGCGCAAACACGGCCAUAAAGUAUUGCAGCUGAGUGCAAUAUGCCUUUUCUUUGCAUCUAAUGGCGAUUAUCCAUAUGGCAAAGUAUAAAUGUUGCCUUUGCGCCAAUAAGGGAAAAAGAAAAAUUUCAGGCAGGGAAUUUAAACCUGACAAAUAUUGAAUACAGUAUCCCAGUCUGUCAGUGCUUAUAGUGUUUUCAAACGUACACCCUCAGACUGUAAAAAAAGAUGGCCUGAUUUGAAGCAGAGGAUGUCCAAUUACAAAUGGGCUUCAGUCACCACUAACCCUAAGUGGGGUUUGUGUCCCGUUUGGCAAUAAAAGUUACUGCCGUUUUUUUUUUUUUAACUUUACGAAACAAACGGAACUACGUCACGUUCUGCAUCGCAUGCAUAACCGGAUGUGGAGUAACGUAACAAAUGUACUGAUUAUAACCCAAACCACGAUCUUUUUUUAAAACUUACUACUAAACUAAGUUGUUUUGGUGCCUAUAUGUGACCAAACUACAACCGUUCACAAUGUUAAAGAUGUGUUUAAAACUGCGACCGUUGCGUUCUUUGUUAUACAAUCAAUGGUACAGAUAUGACGACUGAAAAUGCUCCUGUGUUGUGAUUCCUGCCACCGCUAGGAGCGCUAAUUUAUGAAACGCUCUGAUGGGUCAUGUUGAAGGGUAGGACUGCACGACCUAUAUGGUUGUAUGGUUUGGAGGACUGGAAAUUAUUUUCUAGAUUAGUUAGUUUCUGUGUGCGUAGAAAUUACUUGUUCCUUAAGUCUUUUAAAUGUGUCGGGAUAUAAACUUAAGCUGAAGUAGGAAGCUGCGGUUUAACUAUGAUCAAUUAUUCACCAGAUAAUGAGAUUUUGCCAUCAAUUGUUCAGCCAAAUAACAGCAUCAGCAUUAAAUCUUGACAACAAUAAAUCAACAUUUAGAUCUUGCAGACAAAUGAAAGUGUUGUGUCAUGAAUAGACAGAUUUUUUCCAAUGCUUUGAAGAUUAAGUUUUGAAAGACUCAGUUGCUGUCAGUUUGACUUCACAAUCAAUAAAUGCAUUUUUAUUGAGUUUCCAUCUCUA